CUUGCACUUGUCUUUUGAGCUCAGUUGAGUCGCAUCUCAGACACAGAAGGAAGACACUCCCAAAGCUGACGUGAAAAUUUAGCUGCAGUCAGAUUGAUCUCAUCAGUGCACCAGGACUGAACUUAAAAUGGGAACUCCUGCCAAAGAGAGACCCAGGCCAGAGAAUGCUAUCACUAUCGCUGUGUCGUCACGACUCCUCUUCAACAUGGAGGAGCAGCAGCCUUUCAGCCCCGGACCUGCCUUCUCCUUUGUCAAGGCUCUGGAAGCUGUGAACACUCAGCUGAGGGAGCUUUACCCCGACAGCGAGGAGCUAUUUGAUGUUGUGCUCAUGACUAACCAGGCACACGAUGACCAAAGACUCAUCAAAACCAUCAAGCAUCACCAGUUGUACAUUAAAGGCUACCGUUUGAAAGGAGAAAAUAGUCCCAUAAGCGACUUGAAGGCCUGCCACAUUAACCUAUACCUGUCUGAUGAUCCAGUCAGGGUUCGACAAGUUCUGGAGGCAGGUAUAGCAGCAGCCACCAUGGUCCCCCCAAAGGAGAUCACAGAGGUGUCUCAGACUGAGCUGCGUGUUGUCUUUGACGGUGACGGGGUCCUCUUCUCUGAUGAGUCUGAGCGCAUUUUCAAGGAAGGAGGACUGGCCCAGUACUUAGAGCACGAGAAGACACACGAGAACCAGCCUCUGAACCCUGGACCACUGAAAGGUUUCCUGGAGGUGUUAGGAAAGCUGCAGAAGAAGUUUUAUGAUAAAGGCCGUCGCAAGAACUGCCCCAUCAAGACCUACUUGGUGACAGCUCGCGACGCAGGCAGUGCUGGUUACAGAGCCCUGAAAACUGUGCGUUCAUGGGAUCUGGAGAUCGAUAGGGCUGUGUUUUUGGACGGGGAACCCAAGGGCGCCACGCUGGAGAAGAUCAGGCCACACAUUUUCCUUGAUGACCAGAUGAGACAUGUGAAUGGGGCAGCAGAAGUGGGGACAGUGGCGUGCCAUGUGGCCUAUGGGAUAUCUAACCUUUAAACAAAUGAAAUCUGAAAUAACAAAUAAUUCAUUUGAUGUAAGCUAGUGCCGUGAGUGGGCCGAUACUCACAGUUACACAGUACAAUGGCAGAAAAUGUGUUGUGCUUUUAUGCGUGUCUAUAAUCAUAUCUCUAUAUAUCCACUAUUGUGUACUUAUACUCAUCCUCUGAAUUAUUAUACUAUUCACUGUACCAUGCUGUUGUUUCGGUCAGAGGGGUUUCUCUGGAAUCGUUUUCUUGGUCUCUGUAGCUUGCAGAUAGAAUUUUCUCUCAGUGCUGAGAAAGUCUCCUCUAUUAAUGAAACGUGUGACACUGUAUUCAAGUGUUAAUGCACUCCUCUCCUCGGGGCCAGAAGCUCUAUGCUGACCUCUGACCCAGCUGAAUCUAUCCUUUGUCUAU